AUGUCACUCAAAGGCCAAACCGUCCUCAUCACAGGUGCAUCAAUGGGCAUCGGCGCAGCCAUAGCCCAACGUCUAGCCGCCGAAGACGCAACACUCAUCCUCUUCGCCCGCUCAGGCGACAAGCUAAAAGCCUUGUCCGACUCUCUCAAAGCCAAGCACUCGAACCUAAAAAUAUUCCUAUCCGUCGUCGACGUCCAAGACCACACCUCCCUCAGCACUGCCAUCUCACAUAUAGUCCAACAAGUCUCACACAUUGACGUUUUGAUCAACAACGCUGGUCUUGCCAUCGGUGCGCCCUCCAAGUUCCCCGACCUCCAAAUACAGGACAUCAUUACUAUGACGAACACUAAUAUCAAUGGAUACAUGUUUGCUGCAUACGCCGCAUUGAAUGAGGGAAAGAUGAAAGAGAGGGGCAAGGGCACGAUUCUCAAUGUCACUAGUACAACGGGGUUAGAGGUACCGCCAUUCCCGGGUGAGGCAGUGUAUCAUGCUAGUAAAGCUUGUCAGGAGGCUUUUACCAAUGUGCUAAGGACGGAGUUGGUGGGCACGGAUAUCAAGGUGCUUGCGUUACGACCAGGGGUUGUGGCGACGAAUUUCCAUGAACAGCGUGUUGGAUACGACAAGGAGAGCUAUGACACUUUCAUGACCGGCUUCGAGCCUCUUGUUGCUCCUGACGUUGCGGAAGCGGCUGCUUUCAUGCUAAGCCAGAAAGAUCGGGUUAGCGUGAAAGCGUUGGAUGUAGUGCCUACUGCACAGCGGAGUUUACAGGUGUUUGAUCGGGAGUGGAAUAGUAGAGACAAGGCGAGGAACGAGGAGACGAUGAAAAAUUGA